CUUCGGGAUUCUAGAAUUAAGCGUCGGUCUACAAACAGUCUCAUCGACAGACUCGGUCUAUAAAUUACCUGCCGGUCCUUUCAUCUCCAUUGCCAUACCGGGCUUGCUCUCCCUCAACGCAAUAAGAGGCGUCGUCUACGGAAUAUCGGGUCCCGAUCGCAGAAAUCCCGCGCACAUCAUCCCACCUUUCGCCUCCAUAUCUACCUACCUACCUACUCCGUAGCCACCACCACCAACCACACACAAUGUCCUCCAUCCUCCGCAGACUCCAAGGGGGAAACCUCGAAGUCUUCAAGUUCGGCAUGUAUAUUAUCUUCCCCAUCGGAUGGAUGUACUAUUUUGGAACGAACCUGGACGAACGUUUCACCGUCCCCGGCUUCUGGCCUACCACCGAACAAUCGCACAAGAUCCCUCUGGAGAGGGAGGAGAUCGACGCUGAGCUAUCGCGCAUGCGAACGGUCGACGCGGUGAAACGCCAGAGACGGCAAGCACAGGCGCAGGCCGAGGCACAGGCUGCUGCUAAUGCGCAGAACUCGGAAUGAAUGCCCCCAACAAAUGGUAGAUGUGGGUUAAGUUGGCUUCUGUGUGUGUUACGGCACAGGUUUGGAUUUGGCUACCCACAUGUCUGUGAAUGGCCGGCGGAGGAUUCGUUGGGAACAACGGUUACGCAGAUUGAGAAGGAAUUCGAAAGGGAAUUUUCGAGGGUUACUCUGCGGGGUCCAGAGUAACUCCAUCUGUGCAACAUGCGGUGAAAAGUUGGUCAGGAUUGGCUUCCUGUUUUGCGGUGGCUUCAUAUGUACGACCUUUUUGAUUGUUUUAUGUACAACACUCUUCUCUGAGCAUGGCAGGAGUUGACGGGUUGAUUUGGUUUUCUUCAGGAUUAGGUAAAUUACAUGUAUAUUUAUUUUCAUACUAGUGAAUAUGUACCGACAUAUCUUAUGUUCAAACGACACAAUCUGCCCCGACUCGGCUCCUUUACUGGUUGUCAAAAGGGGCACCGGUGAGUUUCCGCCAUCCGACAGCUUCCGUGACACAAGCAC